AGGCCCGGCCCCCCAAAACCCUUCCCUUCCCUUUUAAGCUCCUCCAGAUCCAGUUCUUCUCCGACUAAACCAUCGGAUUCAUUUACAGGUUGGAUUGAGUUAGUUUGGACAAAGUAAGAUGGGAGGAGGAUUUAGAGUUCUCCAUUUGGUCAGACCAUUUCUUUCAUUCCUGCCUGAAGUUCAGAGCGCUGAUAGAAAAAUUCCAUUUAGAGAGAAGGUCAUCUAUACCGUGAUCUCUCUUUUCAUUUUCUUGGUUUGCAGUCAGCUUCCUCUCUAUGGCAUACACUCCACAACAGGUGCAGAUCCAUUUUAUUGGAUGCGAGUUAUUCUUGCUUCAAACCGUGGGACUGUUAUGGAACUUGGAAUCACCCCAAUUGUGACUUCUGGACUGGUGAUGCAACUUCUUGCUGGGUCAAAGAUCAUUGAAGUGGACAACAAUGUACGUGAAGAUCGUGCCCUCCUAAAUGGUGCACAGAAGUUACUUGGCAUCCUGAUUGCUGUGGGUGAGGCGGUUGCAUACGUUCUCUCAGGGAUGUACGGCAGUGUUGGCCAACUUGGAGUUGGAAAUGCUAUUCUUAUUAUCAUUCAGCUCUGCUUUGCUGGUAUCAUUGUGAUAUGUUUAGAUGAACUUCUUCAGAAAGGAUAUGGUCUAGGCUCUGGAAUUUCACUUUUCAUAGCUACCAAUAUCUGUGAAAACAUUAUCUGGAAAGCAUUUAGCCCCACCACUAUUAACAGUGGACGGGGAGCUGAAUUUGAGGGUGCUGUUAUUGCUCUAUUCCAUCUGCUUAUAACUCGAACGGACAAGGUCCGUGCUCUCCGGGAGGCCUUUUACCGGCAGAAUCUCCCAAAUGUGACAAACUUGCUUGCUACAGUAUUGGUCUUCCUAAUUGUAAUCUACUUCCAAGGUUUCCGUGUGGUUUUGCCUGUGAGGUCAAAGAAUGCCAGAGGACAGCAGGGCUCUUAUCCAAUCAAGCUGUUCUAUACCUCCAACAUGCCCAUCAUUCUACACUCUGCCCUUGUGUCCAAUCUUUACUUCAUCUCUCAGCUACUUUACCGGAGAUACAGUGGAAAUUUUUUGGUGAAUCUUUUGGGUAAAUGGAAGGAAUCUGAAUACUCAAGUGGUCAGUCUAUUCCUGUUGGUGGUCUUGCAUAUUAUAUCACCGCACCGUCAAGCUUAGCUGAUAUGGCAGCCAAUCCUUUCCAUGCGUUGUUCUAUCUGAUCUUUAUGUUAUCAGCAUGUGCAUUAUUCUCAAAAACUUGGAUUGAAGUUUCAGGAUCAUCAGCUAAAGAUGUUGCCAAGCAGCUUAAGGAACAACAAAUGGUGAUGCCCGGGCAUCGUGAGUCAAACUUACAGAAGGAGCUGAACCGUUACAUACCCACUGCCGCAGCAUUUGGAGGCAUGUGCAUUGGUGCAUUGACAGUGUUGGCCGAUUUCAUGGGGGCAAUUGGUUCGGGGACAGGAAUUCUACUUGCAGUGACAAUUAUUUACCAGUACUUUGAAACAUUCGAGAAGGAAAGAGCAAGCGAGCUCGGCUUUUUUGGUUUCUAGGCUUAUUAUGUCUUGUUACCGGUUAUGUUUGGCUCCUUGGUGGUGCCAAUGAGCUCCCUGGCAGUUUUGGUGCGCAGAGAGAUUUAAGUAGUAAGGUCCUUUCCACACCAAAGACAGAGUUCAAGAUGUUAGAGCCUAGGGAUGGUUUGUUAGUACAACAGAGAUUCGUUUCAUUUCGUUUAUUUGUUGUUUGUUUUUACCCUUUUUGGACAUUUACCUCCCUCCCCCAUAUUUAUUUCUCCUGUGCCGUUGGAUCUAUACGAAUCCCUUGCAUGGUUUUUGUUUUUUUAUGCGAUGGAAAUUGCCUUUCUUUGAUU